AUGGAGGCAUUGCUCGCGGGCUUGUCGUCGGUUCCGGCGCUGACAUCGCUUGAGCGUCGCCAUUGCUCUUCGUCGACGGAGCUUCUCAUGGAGACACUCGCGACGACGUGCAUGCAUCUCGAGACGCUGCGUGUCAGCGAUGAGCAGUUGACGCGGCGCCAGGUCGUUGUUGUCCUCUCUGGCACGCUGGACCUGCCGCGCUUGACGUCGCUGAGCAUAACGAUCCGGCUCUCUCCCAUGCUCGACGUGCUUCCGGAGCUUGUUGCCGCGGGCCGCCGGCUCCGGACGCUCCACUUGGAGACCAUUGUCCACGGCGGAGAGCAUGGAGGUGCUGGUGAAGGCAAGCGCGCGCUCUGUCGGGCGCUGGCACUUAUCCUGAACGUCCCGUUUGUUGUGGACGCGCUGCCAGAAGAUACCGAUGCGUUUGUGGUCGACGCCCUUGGGCCGCGCGCCGAUCGUGGUGAUCGAUGUCGUUUGAUUUUCAGAUAA